AUGUCUGGCGCCCCUCGCCGUACAGGGCUGAUAGAGACUCUUUUAUCUACACUACAAAACACGCUUGACUUGAAUUAUGAUACCUCUUUUGCCUCAUUUAUCUUGCCACCUGGCCCAGUGGAGAAUACACGCGCGGCUUCAUCUCAUCCCGCAAAGAGACAAAAGAUAGCUCUCAAGGAUAGUCUAUUUCCUAUGGACUCUGUUCCCGCACCCAUUUUGGAAUACCCCGUACCUCGAGUCACGGCUCCUACAUUCGAAGAGUUUACAGAACAUAUGUGGAACCGCCGAACGCCAAUCGUCAUCACCAAUGCCAUAGAUCACUGGCCGGCGCGUUCUGCAAGGCCAUGGUCGUCAUCGAGCUACUGGGCUGAAAGAACUUUUGGCGGAAAGAGGCUAGUACCAGUUGAAGUUGGAAGAUCUUAUACCGAUGAUGGCUGGGGCCAACGAAUUAUCCCGUUCGCAGAUUUUGCAAAAGACUACAUAUGGCGCGCUGCAGGGCAGAGUGAUACUAGUUCGACUACGGAGCAACACGCCCAGACAGGGUAUAUGGCACAACAUGAUCUUAUAGCCCAGAUUCCAGCACUAAAGAAUGACAUUUGUAUUCCAGAUUAUUGCUAUGCCGAACCGCCUGAGCCAGAGCCAGGCACUCCACUAUAUAAGAAGAAGGCACAGAAAGAGGAUGGUAACUUAAACCAACCAUUGAAGAAAGACCAAGCCGGAUCCACCCUAAAGUCAUAUAAUACAAUGGUAAAGGAAACUACAGAGGGCGAUGUCUUUAGAAGCCAUGUUAGUGAGGAAGAUGAAGACAGCGAAGGCCAUAGUACUACGCCAGCGGAUCCCAUAAUCAAUACCUGGAUCGGCCCAUCAUGGACAAUUUCCCCUUUGCACCACGAUCCAUACCAUAAUAUCCUAGCCCAAGUUGUUGGUGCAAAAUAUAUCCGCCUUUACUCCCCUCAUACGCCUGCAAGUCAGAUAUAUCCCCGUGGAAAAGAAGUGGUCAACCCUAAAACCUCAGAUGCCACCAGCGUAGGGGGGAAAGGGGGAGCAAACGAAGAGCAGAUAGAUAUGUCCAACACAUCUGAAGUUGAUAUUUCAGCUAUCGAACUAUCUCCUGCAGAGUUUGAAACCUGGGAUAAUCUCUGGCCAGGGUUCACAGAUACUGAAUAUAUUGAAACUGUGCUGGAAGAAGGCGAAUGCUUAUACAUACCCUCGGGUUGGUGGCAUUAUGUUCGGGGAUUAAAGUCAGGCAUCAGCGUUAGUUUUUGGUGGAGCAAAUAA